UGUUCCUCGAUGACGGCUGUAGAAGGCUGAAAGAUUUUCUCUUCACGCAUUCAGAAAUAUCUCUCUCUGCAGUAUGUGUGUGUGUGUGUGUGUUAGAAAGUGUGUUGGAGUGUUAGUGUGUGUGUUCGAGUGUGUGUGUGUGUGUGUUAGAGUGUUAGUGAAUGGUGAGGAAAGUGAGUGCACUGCAUCUUUAAGCCGAAGCGCUCCUCCUCUUCCUCCUCCUCCUCUUCCUCCUCCUCCUGCUGCUUAUUACAGCCUGUCAAAGUGCGGGGCUGUGAAGAAAAAAAAAAGAAAAAAAAGGAAAAGAAAAGAAAGAACUGAGUAGCGGAGAGGAAAAGGAACACGGCGAGCUUCUUCACUAAAACGUGUGAAAACACGGCGAGCUCGCGCAUUGACCGGAUGUGCUUUCUUCUCUCGUGGAGAUUAACGUGAACGCGCUUCGAGCUGGAGGAAAAGUGUAGUGUGAUUAGGAUUUUCGUGAUCUCGCGCGCUCGGUGUGUGUGUGUGUGUGUUAGUGAGUGAGCGAGUGUGUGAUAGAUAGAGUGUGUGUGUGUGUGUGUGAGAGAGAGAGAGAGAGCGCGAGCGAGCGAGCGCGCUACUUUGUGGUGAUUGAACUACUCGGAUGCUUUGAUCUGUUUGGGAAAUUUUGUUUGGUUUUGAAGAGCGCGUGCCCGGAGCUUCUCAGGGCGCAUGUUGGUUUCUUUACCCCCCGUGAUUAGAAUUCGGUUCCCUCCAACAUCACCUACAUCACCACCACCACCACCCCGAUGCCCCAGCAGCAGCCCUGAUGUGGGGGAAAAGUGCGGCAUGGCUGCAGGACGAGCUGGAGUCCGGACUCAACUCCCUACUCCUGCUCGACUGCCGCUCUCACGAGCUUUACGAGUCCUCUCACAUCGAGUCCGCCAUCCACCUCGCCAUCCCGGGCCUCAUGCUCCGCCGCCUGCGCAAAGGCAACCUGCCCAUCCGCUCCGUCAUCCCCAACGACGCGGACAAGGAGCGCUUCAUCCGCCGAUGCAAGAGCGACACCGUGCUGCUGUAUGAUGAGAGCGGGGAGAGCGGGGCGGCUGGUGCGGGGAGUGCGGGCUCGGUGCUCGGGCUCCUCAUGCACAGACUCCGGGAAGACGGCUGUAAGGCCUACUACCUGGAGGGAGGGUUUAAUAAGUUUCAGACGGAGUACCCAGAGCACUGCGAGACCAACCUGGACUCGUCGUGCCCGAGCAGCUCUCCUCCCGUCUCGGUUCUGGGUCUGAGCGGAUUAAAGAUCAGCUCCGACGGCUCGGACGGAGAAUCGGAUCGUGAGCCGAGCAGCGCCACCGAGUCGGACGGCAGCCCGUUACCUAGCAACCAGCCUGCGUUCCCGGUCCAAAUCCUGCCCUAUCUGUACUUAGGCUGCGCUAAAGACUCCACCAACCUGGACAUCCUCGGCAAAUACAACAUCAAGUACAUUCUGAACGUGACACCCAACCUGCCCAACAUGUUCGAGCACGACGGAGAAUUCAAGUACAAACAGAUUCCCAUCUCGGAUCACUGGAGCCAGAACCUGUCGCAGUUCUUCCCCGAGGCCAUCUCCUUCAUCGAUGAAGCACGCUCUAAGAAGUGUGGUAUCUUGGUGCACUGCCUGGCGGGGAUUAGUCGCUCAGUCACGGUGACGGUGGCGUAUCUCAUGCAAAAACUCAACCUGAGUCUAAACGAUGCUUAUGAUUUCGUCAAGCGCAAAAAAUCCAACAUCUCGCCCAACUUUAACUUCAUGGGGCAGCUGCUGGACUUCGAGCGGACUCUGGGUUUAAACAGCCCAACUUGCGACAACCGAUCGCCCAAGGAUCAGCUGUUCUUCACUACGCCCACCAAUCACAACGUGUUCCAGCUCGAUACGCUCGAGUCAACGUGAAAACACGCCAAAAUAGACAUUUUUGCCUCCAGGAGAAACUUUAGAAAAACGCAAUUCGGGCAACGUUGAAUCGUAGAAAUUGCCCGGAAAAUUGAUUGUGAAAGCAGAACCACGGAAACACAGUUUGGGCCAUCACGGCAGCUUUUCUUGCCUUUCUGAAAUGGACUGUUCUCUUUUUUUUUUUUUUUUUUUUUUUUUUUUUUUUUUAAAUAAAGAGGAAACAAGAGACCAAAUGAAACCAGACAAAAACAACAGAAACUGAUUUGUCAUCAAGUUUUUACAACAACAAACUUCCUGUCCUGGAAUGAUGGGUGCCAAUCUGGAAUUUCUUAUUUUUUAAUUUAAUUUAAAAAAAAAAAAAAAAAACAGGAUCUCGAGAAAGAAAAUUCGCUCUACUAAAUGUAGGGUUUGGGAUUAAAAAAACAACAAAAAAACAAAGACAAACACAAAACAAGAUUCAAAUGCCAUACAUCUCGACCAACAGCUACAGUUUCUAAAAAUUCCUGAUUGUAUCUGACCAAUAAUUACAACGUGUCUGUUUGUUCACGGGAAAUUUCUUGUUUUGUUCCUAUGUUUUGACCUAAUGCGCUUUGCACAGAGGAAGCAUUUUACUCUUAUGGCACUUGAAACUGGUACACAAAUAAAAAGAGACAUUUUGAGGUUGUUAAGGUUGUUAACAAAUGGCUCUUAACGAACUUCCUCACUUUCUUCCUAAUGAACGUGUUUAUUUCUUUAUUGACUCACGCUCAGGCCUUGGCUCUCGUUAAUAUACCGUAUCAGAACCUGACGUAUUUGAGUGUGUGCUUUACCCGAAGUGACGUUGCUGGUAAACGAGUGUUUAGGAUCGUUUUUUUAACUACUCUUGUCGCUCCUGUGUUAACGGGACGACAGAAAGUGUGUAGCGAGAGCGUUUCUGCAGGAAGAAACAUUCGAUCGGAGUCAAAGGGACAUGUACGAGUUCACAGGAUCGCUUUAACCGGCCUUAUAUAACCUUUUUUUUAAUUCUUUCUUAUUCUGACUGUUCAGUACUUAUUUGUAUCUCACUUUAGAAAUCGUCAUAAACUUAUUAAAAUAAAAGUGUUCAUUUUUAAAGGAAUCAAUAUGUAGUAAUAAUGACAGCUAAUGGUCUCUAACGGGUCAGUCGAGGUUGUAUUUGUUACUUCUGCAAUAUUAUCCAAACCAACUUUGCAGUAUUUUAUACAGUUGAAAAAAGAAAAAAAAAACACCUCGGGUUUUUAAUUCCUCUUUUGUACAAGUAUUUCACAAUUUCACACUAAAACGUACAGUGAAUUUCUCAAUCCUGCUUCAGAACUGAGGGAACUUUACUUCCCGAAGUUAACCUUGGCGUGUGCUGAUAAUCGGUUAUGAGAUAUAUCACAAUAUUAAAACAUGUUUUGUUAUUGAGGAUGCACCAAAAUACAGCCACGUUCAGACUUCUGUCUUUUCUGAAAAGGGAGUCCCAUAAUUCUGUUCACUGAGAGUUUAAAAACCGCAGCAGUGGACAAGAUUGUCGCUCAGUCUGAGGAAUACGAACAUGAAUAAGUUAGCAUCUUUUAGCUACAGUUUUGAGCAAAAGUUAUUUGCACUCAUCAAAAGUUAUUCAAUUACACUAAGCUACUGUAGCACAAAACAUGACCAAAAUUUCUAACAUGAAUUACCACAUUAGAUUGUUAUGAGUUGACUUGAUUUUUGCUAACAGGAACAUAUCACAAUAUUGCAAUAUGAAAACUCACCGAAAUAUCAGCACAUGACCAGACAUCACACAAUAUAAAUUCAUCACGUCAUCAUUGCUAAUAACUGAUUUAUUAUUAUUUUUUGUUUAGUAUUAGAUUGCAUCCAGUUCUGUUUCUAAACCCCACAAAUCUCAAUAUUGAUAUUCCUGUGGCCUUUUUUCAAUGUAUUUCAAUAUAUCUAAUAUAUCUAUAAUAAAUAUGAAUAUAUAAAUCUAUAUUUUAUGCAGAUAUGCAACUGUCUCCUCAUGAAUAAUUAACGAGGAGGACCAUUUCUCAUGCUUGAAAUGACUUUUUAUCUGUUAGGAAGUUGGCGGCCAAUAACAAUAAGGAAAAAUGAGGUUCGAGACUCGAGACAGGCUGAAGUGGGAUUUUUUUUUUUAUUAUUUAAUUUAAAACCGGUGUGAUUCCUCAUACAAAAAAAAAUCAGUAAUCCUAAUCAGUAAUGGCCUAGCAGACGUUCUAUUGUAAUGAUCAAUAAUAAUGAGAGAAUGAUUCUAAAUAAAAAAAGAUUAACCAACAAGGGAGAAAAAAAUUGCCACGACUAGAAAUAAAAACAGCUAAACAACACUAAAUAAAAUUACAGCAACCCUCUGAGGUCUGAAAUAAAGUUAAUCGAGUCAGUAUUAGCACUCAGCUCCUGCUUCCUUUCUGUUCUAAAAAAUUAGCACAACAAUGCAAAAUGUGCCAAAGGAUCAUAAAAAUGACUGUUGCCUUUUUCCCUAGUAUUAAUAAAAAAAAAGCUUUAGCAUUGUGUGUAAACAUGCUAAGACACUAAAUACUAUUCUAAUACACAUGCUAAUGUUUUAGCCUGUUUACUGUACUGCUACUGAACUUAUACACAAACUAGCAUAUAAUAAGCAUGCUAGCACACAAACUAAUACUGUAUACGUAAUGCUUUAGCCUGUUUAAUGUUACACGUUAAUUAACAUUACAGUACAAAUGCUUACAAACCAACUAGCAUUGUAUAAAUGUAUGUAAUGUUUUAACCUGUUUAAUACAAUGUUAUUUUGUGGCUAACUCAUUUGCCAGCAUUAUAGUAGACAUGCUAAUACCAAAAACUAGCACCAAAACUUUUAAUUUAAAUAAUAAGCAAAUGUGUUUAAAUCAUGUCAUUUUUAUUUUAAAAUAAAAUGUGAGAAUUGCACCGGUUUAUGAUAUUUUCCUAGCCCCUGCCUCGCCCCGACUCGAGUCUCACACCACCGUAAGGAUUGAAACUGAUUCCUGUACGAACUUUGUGUUUAUUGUUUAAUUAUUUAAAUCUAAAUCCUUGAUUUCAAGCUGCUUCUUUGUGGAGGAAUGUUCGUGUCUCUGUAACAGUAAAUAUUUUUCAUCUGUAUUUUUGCCAGAAGCGUCGCAGAAGCUUUCAAUGUCUGCGUAAAAAUUUAUUGUAGCUACGGAACGAGGACGAGUCAGUUUUGAGUUUCGAGAGAGGAACAGAAAAACGAGUAAAUAACAAAGGUGUGUAUUUUACCUCACAGAGGACUUUUUCAGGGAUUUUUUGACAAUGCGUCUGCGUCGUGUUACAGCUUCACUAUACCUGAUGAUUAGCUGUUUUAUAUGUGCUGUAUACAUUUUUUUAAAGAUGCAAUCUAUAUAAUGUGUAUAAAGUGGGCUUGGUAAUGGGGCAAUUUGAAUUUUUUUUUGUUCUGAUUUAUGAAGGAUAUGAAAUUGUCCGUAUGUGUUGUACAGUUGUAUGGAAACCAACACGAGACAUGUUUAUACGGCAAAUAAAUAUUGAAUUAUUUUUUUGGUUAA